AUGAAUAACGAGACACAUUUUCUUAAGAACACCAACACCAGCAGUGUGACCUUUAACCACACCGCCAUCAACAUUACCUUAUCCGCAGCGUUGCCGUUAGCACAGCCAUCUUUUCUGCUUUUAGCAGUCCGCAUCGCCAUCACAACCGCUUCGUUAUGCCUCAACGCGGGUCUCCUAAUUUUCCACGCCAUCAAACCAGCCUUCAUCACCGAUUUCACCACAUACCUCUUAUUCCUGUAUCUAGCUAACGUCAUCUACUUGAUAGGCGACCAACCCCUCCUCUUCUGGAGCGAAAUCGCCCACCGGGAUAUCGGUUCCCUGGGGCGGUCGCUCUGUACCUUCUCCAACUACUUUCACCGCGUGGCCAGUAUCGUGCCGCUGAUGUGCCACGUGCUGGUGGCCGUCAACCGCCUGUGGGCGUUGCGUUUCCCGCUGCACUAUCGGCGCCGUCACACGCGGCGGGUUGCGCUGCUGAUCUGCCUGGGCAUGGCCGGGUACGUGCACGCCUUGACCCUCCCGCCGUUCUUCAUCUACAUGCCGUAUCGGUACCAACCUCUCACCGAAUUCUCCGGGAUUUGCAGGGACGCGUUUAUCCCGAAUUACGCGUCAUGGGCGCGGAUCGACAGCAUCAUGAACCGGUUUAUGCCGCUGAUCGUCAUAAUUCUGAUUUACAUUUAUUUGAUUGUCCAGCGUUGUGUAGGACGCAGCCAGGUGGAGAGCGCGAACAACAGCACGAAUCGCACGUCGACCACACGCGGGAACGCGGAUCCGGACGCUACGGCAUCGCUCAACCGCCCGGUUCGGCAGCAACGGUUGCACCGCAAAGUGGUGCGGCCGUUCUUAGUGUUGACCUUAACGACCGUCGGGGUUAUUGUAUGCUGGCUGCCGUUGGAUAUUAUCUUUCUCUGCCAGCUCGUUCUCAAUCUUCCCGUUCCACCCGCGGUGGUGCAGGCCUUUCUUAUGCUGUACACGCUGCAGUUGCUGUUUGAUCCGCUCAUGUGGAUCUGCAGUCUGCGUCGGCGAAAAGCGUAG